UGUAACUUUGUGUCCACUGCAGGCUGCAAGUGUUAUGCUCUACUUUUCUUGCAGCUGCGUUACACUUGCACAUUGUCUUAAGAAGCAUAUCGCAUGGAUCCAAGUAUCGGUUGGAUCCUGCCUGAACAGCACGGACCUGCAGGUGACCUGUGGUCCAGAGUGUGGAUUAAUCAUCAGGGCAUAUGUACAUCUGAUGUACAAGACAGCAACAUCACUUCAACUAUUGGCAUCAAUUGCAGCACAUCAAGUAGUCCCAUUUCAGACCUGAGCAGCUCUGGAAGUGAAGAUCAAUAUAUUGCUAAGGACCCUUUUGAGCCGGAUUGUUCAGUCUCUGAGGCUUCAGAAAUGCCCUCUGUCAAGAAUAACAGUAGUUCUUCCAGCAUAAGCUCAAGUAAAAUUACUUGUUCUGCUACAGAUAAUAAUAUAUCCCAGCCUGCUCCUGAGUACAUUCCUCUUGGCUCUAACUGGGACCAUCCAUCUAGGAAUUAUUCCAAGACCUCCCAGGACUAUUCAUUCAGAAAUGAUAAUAAGAAAACUUCAGACCAAAUCUCCAAUAAAGAUUCCAAGAUAACUCCAGACCAUUCCUCUAAGAAGGACUUCAAGAAUAAUUCAGACCGUAUAUGUGGGACCGAUUCCAAGGCCAGUUCAUCCUGUUCAGUUAAGCCUCAAGACAGUCAUCAAUUUUCAAACGGCGGUGACCAAAGUGUCACUAAUGGAGUGACGUCAACCUCUAAUGGUAACAAUAGCAAUAAUGCAAGUCCAUUCAGUCUAACAUCGAGAUUUAAGCGCAAGAGAGAUAAUAGGGCGUCUACCUUUGAUCUGCAGCAUAAUGCUAGGCCACUAAUUGGCAAGUUUGGAGGUUGUCCAUGGAUCAACCCCAAUAAAAAAUAUGAUCUUGGUGUUGUUGGGUUGCACCAAGAAAUCUGCGAUCUGGCGACAUGGCUGUCCCCCACAAAGGAGGAGCAUCAGAUGAGAGUGUGCGUCGUGCAGAGAAUACAGGACGUCGUCACGGAGCUCUGGCCACAUGCGAACAUGCAGAUCUUUGGCAGCUUCAGGACUGGACUCUACCUUCCCACCAGUGACAUUGAUUUGGUUGUGCUGGGCAAGUGGGACCACCUACCUCUGCGGACACUCGAGAAAGCGUUGUUGGAUCGUAAAAUUGCUCAUCCCGAAUACCUCAAAGUGCUCGACCGUGCGUCUGUCCCUAUCGUGAAGCUGACGGACGUCACAACAGACGUGAAGGUCGACAUUUCGUUCAACAUGAGCAGCGGCGUAAACUCGGCGCGUCUCAUCAAGCAGUACAAGAAGCUGCACCCCGAGCUCUGCAAACUGGUCAUGGUGCUCAAGCAAUUCCUGCUGCAGCGCGACCUCAACGAAGUCUUCACGGGGGGCAUUUCCUCUUACUGCCUUAUUCUUAUGGUUGUCAGUUUCCUUCAGCUGCAUCCUCGCCGAGAAACCUACGCCUGUUCGUCGACUGAGCUCAACCUCGGGGUUUUGCUGCUGGAAUUUUUUGAGCUUUAUGGUCGUCAUUUUAAUUACUUUAAGACUGGCAUCAGAGUGAAGGGCGGCGGGGCAUACAUCUCCAAAGACCAGGUUCAACGUGAGCUUUCAGACGGUCAGCGCCCUAGUUUAUUAUGCAUAGAAGAUCCGUUAAUCCGCGGCAACGACAUCGGACGCUCGUCCUACGGCAUCAUGCAGGUCAAGCAGGCCUUCGAGUAUGCCUACAUCGUCCUAGCUCAAGCCGUGAACCCGCUCAAUACUCUCAUGAACGACCCGAACCGCAACUCCAUCCUGGGACGGGUCGUGAGGAUAACGGACCAAGUGAUCCAGUACCGCCAGUGGAUCAGGGAGAUUUAUUAUCAGCCUGAAGAUGCCAAGGGCUCUGAAGAAAGUAAGGAGUCUCACCCUCUUGAUGACCUCAAACCUAGAGACCAAUCAACACACCCCCUCGACUGUACACUGAAGGUCAAUAAUCGACCUCCAAUUAAUUCCUCCAGCAAGAAACGUUCACAUCGAACAAGAUCGCGGGAAUCGUCUCUGAAGCGUAGCGACGAAUCCAGCAAAACUGGGAGUGAAAAUUUUGUGGAUUUAGUAUCUAGUUCUUCCCCCAUUAAAGUUGUUGCCAGCACCGAGGAAGUAAUAGAAAUAGUAGAUGAUGGUGACAGUGAUGUUGUAGUUGUAUCCGAAAAGGAAUCGAGUGAUAAAGACUCAACUGCGACGUCAGCGGAAAUUUCAGUUUCGGUAAAUUGUGAGGAUUCAAGUUGCUCCAUUGUUGCCGAUGGGGACAAAUCCAGAGCCGCUCAAGGGAGGACUGUUCAGUCAAGCGUUAGACGAUACAAAGUCCAACCUCAAUCGCAGCAUAAUUCUUUAUCAAGUCAUGACCGCGUCAACAGAAGAAAACAGAGCAAAAAGAAGAAUUAAUACGGUAAAUAAAUAGGUGCAUAAUAAUACAUACGACGCCGUGUGUCGUCCAUAUGUAGAAUAGAACCUCCAUUGGUGCUGGACCCAUGAUGUUAGCGAGACGCGAAUGUUUUACUCUUAAAUGUAAAAACUACAAACUUUGAACCUAUGUCAGUAUGAGUUUGAAAUAAAGAGGACUCUAUCCA